AUGGCUGAGAACCAGACAGGGGCUCGUGGCCGCCUCGCGGACAGCCCCGGCGCAGAGUCGCCAGCGUCUGCGCCACGCCAGGACACCGGAAGGCAAAAGCCCGACUCCGCCCUUGAAGAGUUGCGCGUCCGCUUCAGAAGGUUCAGCAGCUCGGAAGAAUCCGACCCGAUCAAGGCUCUGAGGAGGCUCCGUGAACUCUGCGGUCUGUGGCUGAGGCCGGAUCUUCACACCAAGGAGCAGAUGGUGGACAGGCUGGUGCUGGAGCAGUUCGUGCUGUGCAUGCCGCCGGAGAUCCAGGUCUUAGUCAGAAGUAGUGGUGCCGAGACUUGUAAGGAUCUGGAGGAGGUGCUGAGAAAUAAGCAGAAACUGAAGAAGUGGACUGUAGUCCGUGUCCAAGGCGAGGAUUAUUUGAUGCCAGUCUCGGAUGUUGAGAUGUUAGGAUCUGAGGUCAGUGAGGGGCACGAUGGGGGAGACGGAGCCAGGGAGCCCCAGUCUACAGUCAGUGUCGUCCCUCCAGACGAGGGCCAGCAGGAGCGCCAAGACGGGCAGCAUCUUCCAGGAGCCAGGGACCUGUUGAGGGGGCAGGGCCAGAAAGCUCUCCCGCCAGAGACCAUUCCUGAAACAGGUGAACUGGAGGGUCAGAUGCCCUCCAAGGAGAACUUGGAGAAGGACCUGCUGGAAGACACAGGAGUGACAAGAACCCUUCCGCCUCAAGAGCCUGAACUUCUGCAGGAUGGUGAGGGAGACGUUUCCACUACGAGUGGAUCCAGACGAGGUCCUCUGAAGAAUCGCAGACACGUCCUAAGGAAACGGGACAGCAACCCCACUUGCCAAGAUGAGCGUUCAGAAGCAGCCACGUGUUUGGACCAAGGAGAGCUCUCAGGACAGCUUGGGUCCCAUUCCGUUGGUUCAUCUGGCACCGUGGGACCCACCAGUGUUCCUGAGGGAGCAGAAACCCUGGGACAGGCACCCUGUGAAUGCAGGGUGUGCAAAAAGAGCUUUCCUUAUCAAUCUCAGCUUACCCUGCACCAGAGGACACACACAGGAGAGAGGCCCUUUCAAUGCGACAUCUGUGCCAAAGGGUUCAUGCAGACUUCGGACCUGCGGGUUCACGAGCGGAUCCACACUGGCGAGAAGCCCUACAGCUGUGAUCUCUGCCUCAAGAAGUUCACCCACGACUCCUCACUGCGUGCUCACAAGAAGACCCACACCCAGGAGAAGCCUUUCUGCUGUGAGCAGUGUGACAGAGCCUUCAGCCACCUAGGGAACCUCAACGUUCACCAACGCACCCACUCUGGGGUCAGGCCCUACGUGUGCCCCGAGUGUCACCGUGCCUUCCGUCAGCUGGGGACUUUCAAACGCCACCAGAAAAUCCAUUCCAAAUGA